AUGGAGGAGUCCGGUAACAAAAUAAAAACACCAGUCUUCUCAAACAUCACAAGUGAGGAUCUGGAACACAUAUAUGAGCCAGCUGAAGACUCUUUCUUGCUCAUUGAUGCUUUAGAGAAGGAUCUGCAUCUUAUACGUGAGAGAAAACCAUCACUCUGUUUGGAAGUUGGAUCAGGCUCAGGUGUUGUAAUUACCGCCCUGGGCACAGUGUUGGGUCCCUCGUGUGUCUACAUGAGCACGGAUAUCAAUCCCCGCGCCUGUCACACGACCAGAGAAGUUGGAAGAUUAAAUGGUGUGGACAUCGAGGCUGUGUGUACAGAUCUGGUCUCGGGUGUGAUAGAUAAAGAUGUAGGGAGUGUUGAUAUUUUGUUAUUCAAUCCUCCUUAUGUUGUCACUCCGUCAGACGAAGUUGGGCGGGGAAACUUGGAACACACGUGGGCGGGCGGUGAGCAUGGGCGUGAGGUCAUGGACAGAUUGUUUCCAAGUGUUGAUUCCCUUUUAUCCCCUCAAGGGCUAUUUUACCUAUUGGUAUUGAAGGAGAAUGAUCCUGCAGAUAUUGAACUCGUGAUGGCCAAAUUCGGAUAUUCGUGUUCGUGUGUUAUAACUCGUAGGACUGGACCGGAGAACUUGUCCGUGUUAAGGUUCUCUCGCCAAAGAUAAAUUGAAACUUGUUAAUUACUGGAAAUAUAGAAUCUGAAUAAAACUAUGUAUACAGUAAAAAAGAUCUAUUUUA